UUCUGAGCUGAAGGCUUGUUGAAGGUUGAAGAAUGUCUGGCCGUGGAAAAGGCGGAAAGGGUUUGGGAAAAGGAGGCGCAAAGCGCCACCGCAAAGUCUUGAGAGAUAAUAUUCAAGGCAUCACUAAACCCGCUAUCCGCCGUUUGGCUCGUCGUGGUGGGGUGAAGCGUAUCUCUGGCUUGAUCUACGAGGAGACUCGAGGGGUGCUAAAAGUCUUCCUUGAAAAUGUCAUCCGCGAUGCCGUGACUUACACCGAGCAUGCCAAGAGAAAGACUGUGACUGCCAUGGAUGUGGUGUAUGCCUUGAAACGCCAAGGACGCACUCUGUACGGAUUUGGUGGUUAAAUAUUUCAACGAGCAUUUCAAAAUAAAUCAAAAGGCCCUUUUAAGGGCCACCCACUUUUUCAUAAAAAAGCUGAGUUUCCGCGA